CGGGUCCCCUUUCCGCUGUUGUGUGUGCCUGCGUUCCAUCCCGCCUGGCAUUGAGCGGCGCCUGUGCCUGUGAAGCGGCUGCCAACGUUCGGAGCAGAGCAGACUCUUCCGCCAGCGCGCAGGCAGCAGCAUCUCCUCUGGACCAUCCAUGAGCUCAGAUUUCCAGCAUUACAGUUUCAGGAUGCCAAACAUUGGAUUUCAGAACCUGCCUCUCAACAUAUACAUUGUGGUCUUUGGCACGGCCAUCUUCGUCUUCAUCCUGAGCUUACUCUUCUGCUGCUACCUGAUCAGGCUUCGACACCAAGCCCACAAAGAGCUUUAUGCCUACAAACAGGUUAUUCUAAAGGAAAAAGUCAAAGAACUCAACCUACAUGAGAUCUGUGCUGUUUGUUUGGAGGAGUUCAAGCCCAAAGAUGAGCUGGGAAUCUGUCCGUGCAAACACGCCUUCCACAGAAAGUGCCUCAUCAAAUGGUUGGAGGUGCGCAAAGUGUGCCCGCUCUGCAACAUGGCCGUCCUGCAGCUGGCGCAACUCCACAGCAAGCCGGACGCCCACGGACUCCCCCAGGAGCCCCUCCCCGGGGCAGCCAACAUCGUAUAGCUCCCCGCGAACCUCUCUCGGGCGCAGCCUGCCGCCCAGAGACGUCCCGCUCUCUGAACCUGCUGCUUACGGCCUCGGGGCCUCCGCCGGGACUGCUUCCACCUCACGAGGAGCUCCCAGGACACACUUGAAGGAGGGGGAAGGCGCGGGUGCUUGGACCGCAGGAACAUCCUCAGCACCAAGACCACCGCCGGUGCAACAAGAAGAGGCCUUUCCGGGCUCGGCCUUUUCCUUUCUUCCUUCCGACCCCCUUUUUCUUUCCGUAAGAGCACUUUACGAAGGACACGUGCAGGUCCGGCGCCUGCAUUUGGACUGAGCCUGCACACAUGCCGGAGCGAGGGGUGUGAGAUCGGAGCGCACCCCCUGCGUUCCUUUUUUUGCGGUCGGAAUGGGAACCGUGUGCCCCGAGAUUCUGCCGCUCGGCGGUUACCUCAUACCGAAUUGCCUGUGGCUUCCAGAACAGAACAAGGCAAGGGCCUGGCAUGGUUGCAGAACGAUCCACAGCAGCGGCCCGUGUGACUCUCUCGUUCGCUGUGGGACGGAGAGCGGGAGCAGAGCCCAGCUCUCCAGAGGAAGAGUGGGUGCCCAGAGGCCUAGCGGCAACGCACAGAAGAUUUAUUUGGUUACCCAGUCAGUCAGGCCCAACGUCCACCAGUGUCCUGCUAGGCACUUGAGAUCCACACUGGCUUGAUUCCUGCCUCAGAAAAUGAUUCCUUAAGUGCCCCGGGAGGGAGGCGGGGGGAAGCAAACCACGUAGAUUCCUGCCACGUUAAUGGACAACUCCGAAGCCAAGGAAAUGGCUAGGCCCCACGGAAGAGGCAGCUUAGCAGCCUUUUGGAUUCGGCAACAGGGGAGCGUCCCUUUUUUAAAUCCCACAAUGCGGCAAAUCCCUUUUUUUAACCUGGUUUGAUUGCAGAAGGGCAUUUGCAUGCGUAGAAGCUAGACCCGGUUGGAAUUUAAAACAAAAAUGACAACCGUCACGAACCCUGGAAUCUGCAAGCAUCUUAGCAGCUUUGCGUAGAGUUGAGCGCAGACUUUUGGCGGGGGGAGGGAUUCAUCUGCAAAAGAGGCCUAGUAGAUCAGACCAAAGACCCUUCUAGUUCAGUUUCCAGCAUCCCACAGCAGCCAGCCAGGUGCCCCUGGGGAGCCGUAAAGGGCGAUAAGCCUCUCUCCCAUUGCAGUUCGUGAGCAACUGGGGAGCCUCUGUGGGCCUCCUGCUUCUCAAACCGGAGGGUCUCCCAUCAUGACCAGUAGCCAUUGAUGAGUCUCCGUUUUCCAACGGGUGUUUCAAUUCCAUCAGCCCAAAUCUAAACUUUGUCAACCGCUAAGGCACCGAGCAAAUAUAGUUCGACGUACCCGAACGUAGAGAAUUCAUUGGAUUUGUUCAAAAAUAAUUGUUUUCGGUUCCACUAGAUAACCGGUCAGGGCAGGUUGGAGUCCAAUUCAUGUUCCGUUAUCGAUUUGUGAAAAUAUUAUUAUUUUUUGGCCAGAGAAAGUUCUGACGGUGGAGAGGUCCAUUUCCAAGAUUACCUGCGCAGGUUAUUUCGGGGUCUGCUAAGGAGGCAGGAUGCUAUCCCCAAAGUCCCUUUUGGGCAGCGUGUUUAGUUUCUGUGUCGGCACUUGUUCAAAAGACACAGGGAAGGGAUUUUGCAGUAUUACGUUGUACAGCGUGAGGUUCCCUUUUUGCUAAAAAUAAAACAAAAUGGCACAGACUGUUCUUCCCAGUCCUUCCAUAAUAGGGGCAAAUUUCCAAUAGCCGGUUAUUAGUAUGGCGUGACUUUCAGUAGCCAUUUACUGUUUUUGUCCAUCCGGGUUCAGCCUGAUCUCUUCCUGCCCCAUCUGCCACGGUCUUCUUUUUCUAAAUAGCGUGUGACUCGAGAGAGAGUUUAUGAACCUUAGAAGUCCUCCUGGAGGAGACAUUUGUACACUAAAAUAAAUAAAUAAAAUUCUGCAGCAGAAUUUUUUUUUUUUUUAAGAGAAAAGACA